ACCUGCUUCCCUUCUCCGGCUCACAUUCCUCCGCCCCAGUCCCGUUGCGCGGCCUCCGCUGGCAGCCGAGGCCCUAGUCUCCCGCUCCAACUAUUCCAACUAUCCUGGGAAGGGUGGGGCGCUCGGCUCUUGGGUCCCCCUCGGUUGCCCCCCUUCCCCACCACCGGUCUCCCCUUCUGCCCCGGUCCCUCCCUUUCUGGGGUGGGGCCAGCCAAUGGGCGAUGAGACUCCGGGGUUUGGCCCGGGAGCGGGGGAGCUCACCGAUUCCCCGCCCCACAGUUCUGGCCACCGUCCCGGUGCGCACGGACGUGGCUCGAGUUUCCUCGGCUCUCUGCUCUUUCUCGCUCCCCCCCCUCCCGCUUUUCCUCCUCUCCUGGGCUUCAGCUCCAGCUCCACCAGGCCGGCCCCGCACGGCUCCGGCUAGCCAUGGAGGACACCCAGCUCCAUAUCAUCGAGCAGCCGCUUCCCGGGUACCCCGAUGUCGGGGACUCGGGGUCCUCCCCCAUGGGGGCGCCAGCGGCGGAGGAGCCGUCAGGGGCCGGCUCCGAGGAGCUGAUCAAGUCGGACCAGGUGAACGGCGUGCUGGUGCUGAGCCUUCUGGACAAAAUCAUCGGCGCCGUCGACCAGAUCCAGCUGACCCAAGCCCAGCUGGAGGAACGGCAGGCGGAGAUGGAGGGUGCCGUGCAGAGCAUCCAGGGCGAGCUGAGCAAGCUGGGCAAGGCACACGCCACCACCAGCAACACCGUGAGCAAGUUGCUGGAGAAGGUGCGCAAGGUCAGCGUCAACGUGAAGACAGUGCGCGGCAGCCUGGAGCGCCAGGCCGGCCAGAUCAAGAAGCUGGAGGUCAACGAGGCUGAGCUGCUGAGGCGCCGCAACUUUAAAGUCAUGAUCUACCAGGACGAAGUGAAACUGCCAGCCAAAGUGAGCAUCGGCAAGUCGCUGAAAGAGGCGGAGGCGCUGCCCGAGAAGGAGGGCGACGAGCUGGGCGAGGGCGAGCGGCCGGAGGAGGACGCGGCCGCGCUCGAGCUGUCGUCCGACGAGGCGGUGGAGGUGGAGGAGGUCAUCGAGGAGUCGCGCGCCGAGCGCAUCAAGCGCAGCGGCCUGCGGCGCGUGGACGACUUCAAGAAGGCCUUCUCCAAGGAGAAGAUGGAGAAGACCAAGGUGCGCACCCGCGAAAACCUGGAGAAGACCCGCCUCAAGACCAAGGAGAACCUGGAGAAGACGCGGCACACGCUCGAGAAGCGCAUGAACAAGCUGGGCACGCGCCUCGUCCCCGCCGAGCGGCGCGAGAAGCUCAAGACGUCGCGAGACAAGCUGCGCAAGUCCUUCACGCCCGACCACGUGGUCUACGCGCGCUCCAAGACGGCGGUCUACAAGGUGCCGCCCUUCACCUUCCACGUCAAGAAGAUCCGCGAGGGCGAGGUGGAGGUGCUGAAGGCUACCGAGAUGGUGGAGGUGGGCGCCGACGACGACGAGGGCGGCGCGGAGCGCGGCGAGGCGGCCGACCUGCUGCGCGGGAGCAGCCCUGACGUGCACACGCUGCUGGAGAUCACUGAGGAGUCGGACGCCGUGCUGGUGGACAAGAGCGACAGCGACUGAGCGGACGCGAGGCUCUGCCCGGGAGGCCGCGCCACCCCGCCCCGCCUCUCACUGCCCCCUCCCCGUGCCCUACCCUCUGGAACUUUCUCUUUCGCAUUCUCUCUCGGCACCACGCGGGCUGAGAUGUUUCUAAAUUGACAACACCGCCCCUCAAGGAGCACCCCUCCAAGUCUUACAGCUGUUAA